UUAGUCGCCCACCAAGAGCACCUCGAUCAUGGCGACCUCCAAGACCGUGCUGUCCUUCGAGGGCGAGCGCGAGCUCGUGACGGAAGCACGUGCCCACGAGUUGGUGCAAACAUACGCGAAUGAAGAGGCGGAACCGCCGGCCUUCACGCACAUCACGCUGCGCAACAAGAGCUACACCAUCGAGGCAGCGCGAGUGAUUGCCGCGUUCUUCUCGCGUCUGGAGGCUCGCGGUGCCUUCGCUCAGCUCACGAGCGUGGACUUUGCCGAUAUGAUCGCUGGUCGCCCCGAGGACGAGGCGCUUCAAGUGCUGUCCACGCUCUGCGACGCGCUGAGCGCCAUCAAGACGCUCACGCGCAUCGAUCUAAGUGACAACGCACUAGGCGAGAAGGGCGUGCGUGCCUGCUUCGGCCUGUUGCAAAACCAGGAGCAGUUGCAGCACAUGUACUUCUGCAACAACGGUAUCUCGGCUGCGGCUGCGGGUGUCAUUGCACAGGAGGUGCUGCUGUUCCGCGGUCAGGACACCCCCACCAAGCUCGAGACCUUCCACUUCUACAACAACAUGAGCGGCGAUGGUGGUGCCAUUGCGCUGGCUAAACUACUGCCGCUAUCCCCGGCACUCAAGGAUCUAAGAUUUUCAGCCACUCGAGCUCAGAGGGAGGGAAGUCUAACGUUUGCUAAGGCUCUGGCCUCGCUUCAAAAGCUCGAGAAACUUGACCUAAGCGACAAUACCUUCAAGGCCCAGGGAGGUGAGGCUAUCGCUGCAGCAGUCAAGAACAUGCCCAAUUUGGUGGAGAUCAAUCUCCGUGACGCUGCCACUGAGGACGACGGCUUGGUGGCCAUCGUAGAUGCGCUGCAUGAGAGCGGCGCUGCUAAGUGGCUUACGGCACUGGAUGUGUCUGGUAACGACCUGACUGCUGAGAGUAUGCCGGCGCUGGGACACAUGCUGCGUGAUAGUGCUGCGUUGCGUGUGCUGCAGGUGGAGGAAAACGAGAUCGGUUCCAAGGGCGCUAAGGCCAUUGCCAAGGCUCUGAAGGCUGGAGCGCCGGCGCUGGAGAAGGUGGUCGCUAACGUGAACGAAAUUGGCGCGUCUGGCGCGAUUGCAUUUGUAAAGGUUGUCGCUGACAAGAAGGCGUUCGUGAAACUGGAGAUCGAUGGCAACCAGAUCUCGGCGGACGGUGUGGCUAGCAUCGAGUCGCUCCUGGAAAGCAUGGGGAAAAGUGACUUGCUGGGAUCGCUAGAAGACAACGACGAGGACGAAGAGGAGGAAGAGGACGACGAUGAAGAGGAGACUGCUGCGGUGAAGGACGUGACGGCUAUGCUUGACAAGGUGACGAUUUCUGAAGCAAGCUUUGAGUUCGAGAACAAAAGUCGUGAAGUUGUUGAUGCUGCUCGUGCCGAGCAACUGCUGGAGGCUGCUGGGAUUAAGGUGAACGAGCGUUCGCCGCUGCACUUUAAGUCUAUUUCUCUGCGCGGAAAGAGCUACACCGACUCUGGUGCAAAGGUCAUCGCGGACGCGUUGCUGUCGCGCCUACAAAGCGAUCUCAAAGUGGUGGACUUGGCUGAUGUGAUCGCUGGCCGCCCAGAAGACGAGGCUCUCCGGGUCCUCUCCGUCAUGUGCCGCGCACUUCGUGGCCACGGUCUGGAUGAAAUCGACUUGAGUGAUAACGCACUUGGAGAGAAGGGUGUGCGCGCUUGCUUUGACCUCCUGAUCCCACAGCCGACGCUCCGCCGUCUCUUGUUCUGCAACAAUGGCAUUUCCGCUGCCGCUGCCAGUGUGAUCGCCCAGGAGAUCGUGCUGCAGAAUGGGAAGGAUGCUCAAUCAACGCUGGAGGAGUUUCAUUUUUACAACAACAUGAGCGGACACGACGGCUGUGUAGCGGUGGCUAACGUCCUUGCCCAGUGCAAGAAGCUGACGCUUCUGCGCUAUGCCAGUGCCCGUGCAGGCCCGGAGGCGAGCGAACAGAUGGCUCGCAGCGUCAAUACACACCUGCGUGACCUUAAGUCGCUCGACUUGAGCGAUUGCUCGUUCGAAGAAGACGGCGCCACGCAGCUCGCCGAAGCCAUCAGCAAGCAGCCGAGUCUUCAGUACCUCAAGCUGCGCGAUGCUUUGCUGUGUGCUGAGGGUGCUACGAAGGUGGUGAAGGCGUUAGCAAGUAGCAAGAUCCAAUUGGUGGAGCUGGAUCUGUCGGGUAACGAGUUGGCGGACGACGGUAUCGUGUCCCUUGCUCCUCUGCUGAAGUUCCAAUCGCAGCUGAAAGUUCUGCGCCUCGAUGAGAACGAGGUAACGUCGGAGGGCCUGAAGGAUUUUGUGGCGGCUUUGAGCUCAGGCAGCCUCCCGGCCCUUGAGGAACUGUCUCUGUGCGGCAACGAGAUCACAGCCAAGGGAGCGAUUGCAGUCGUGGACACCUUCGUGCCUACGAGGACGGCCCUUGCACGUCUGGAGCUAGACACCAACAUGAUCUCUGACAAAGGCGUGGAGCACAUCAAGGCCUCGCUGGCUAAGCAAGGUAAAACCACCAUUUUGGGCUCGCUAGAGGAAAACGACGGGGACGAGGAGAGCGACGACGAGUAG